AUCCAUUUGUAGGCCCAACAUUUGCUACUACUUCAAUCGAGCCACAGUUUUUCCAAACAAGUUCUACACGAACAACAUACAUGCAUAUUGAUUUCUACGCAACGAGAUGGGGUGAAAUGAAAGACCUCAGUUGAAGUUGACGUUCAUUGAACACAGCACGAGACUUCACCAACUGUCAUGGCGUCUCCCUUGAAGGGGGAUUGGUACUGGAGAGAGUAGCCGCUGUCAUUUAUCAGUUUCUCCGGUAUAUAGAGCAGCUAACCUCGACAGAAGAGGAUUUUAGGAGCGGCUAGUAACCAUGGGGACUGUCCAUGCUAAGAGUCUGGAUCCUCUCCCGAUGCACGGUCGGGACUUGGGUGUCAACCCUGACGACAUGAUGGAGACUCCAGAAGUAGAACAGGAGGCCAAGCAGGAGAUUCUCGAAAACAAAGACGUGGUGGUCCAACAUGUGAACAUCCAGGGUCUUGGACGAACUAAAGAAGAUCUGCUCGGUUAUGAGAUCUCCGAUGUUUUCCACGCCAGAAACCUCAUCGAGGUGAUGAAAAAAGCUCACGUCGCCAGACAGAGGCUGCUCCGCCUGGGAAUCUUCAAGGAGGUGGAGGUUCUCAUUGACACAUCUGAAGGUGCAGACGCUUUGCCAAACGGUCUGGAUGUAACUUUUGAGGUGACGGAGAUAAAGAGGCUGACGGGGAGCUACAACACCAUGGUUGGCAACAAUGAAGGAAGCAUGGUGCUGGGUCUCAAGUUGCCCAACAUGUUGGGCCGAGCUGAGAAACUCACCUUCCAGUUCUCCUAUGGUACCAAGGAGACGUCAUAUGGCCUGUCCUUCUUCAAGCCCCAACCUGGACACUUUGAACGCAACCUCACCCUCAACAUGUACAAAGUCACCGGCCAGUUCCCAUGGAGCUCCUUAAAAGAGACCGACAGAGGCAUGUCUGCAGAACUCAGUUUUCCUCUUGGGACGACCAACCACACGCUGAAGUGGGAGGGUGUGUGGAGGGAGCUGGGCUGCCUGGCGCGCAGUGCUUCCUUCGCCGUGCGAGAGGAGAGCGGACACUCGCUGAAAUCCGCCCUCUCGCACACUUUGUCAGUUGAUUCAAGGAAUUCUGCCAUAUUCCCCAGCAGAGGCGCCUUACUCCGGAUCAACCAGGAACUCGCUGGCUACACGGGAGGAGACGCCAGCUUUUUGAAAGAGGAUUUUGAGCUGCAGUUCAACAGGCGGCUCUUCUGGGACUCGGUCCUGUCUGCUUCUCUGUGGGGUGGGAUGCUUUAUCCCUUGGGGGGACAGCCGUCCUGCAUCGCUGACAGAUUCUACCUUGGAGGUCCCACCAGUGUACGAGGGUUUGGGAUGUACAGCAUCGGGCCACAGAGUGAAGGUGACUAUCUGGGUGGAGAGGCGUACUGGGCAGGUGGUCUGCACCUCUACACGCCGUUGCCUUUCAGACCAGGCAAAGGCGGCUUCGGUGACCUUUUCAGAACGCACUUCUUCCUCAACGCAGGCAACCUCUGCAACCUCAACUAUGGUGAUGGUCCUCGGGCACACCUUCAGAAGUUAGCCGAGUGUAUUCGCUGGUCGUACGGAGCGGGCAUCGUGCUGCGGCUUGGGAACAUCGCCAGACUGGAGCUCAACUACUGCGUGCCCAUGGGAGUUCAGAGCGGAGACAGGAUAUGUGACGGUGUCCAGUUUGGAGCAGGAAUCCGCUUCCUGUGACGUCAUCACUCCACCGCCCUCAGUGUUCCAGAAGAGGCUGAGACGUGAAAAGGGAGAACGUCUUGUUUUUUGUCACCUGUAACUUGUUGUAGAGUGUGUAAUCCAAGCAUGGGUCACAUGUACUGGGAACGCCCCCUUCCCACCCCCCCCACCUCUCAAACCCUCUGUUCAUAUGUGCUAGUAAAGACUUUUGAACAACAAAGUUCCGGUGCUGAACCACACAACAAGUGAAACUAUUUAUAAUACAAACUGAGCAGACCUUCUGUGAUUUGAGAGAGGAAAGUAACCAGAUGUAAAAUUUCUUCAGUAGUAACCCAAAAAAAACAUGAUGUCAAAAUAGAAAAAAAACAAAUGUACGGUGAAUCUUUGACAAAUCCCAACAACAUAUUAAUAAGUUCCUCUUUCCUUGAUGUGAAAUCUCCAGCACUGGUGCCUUGUCUGUGGAAAAAGUCAUCUACUAGUGAUUUUUACCCACAGUGUUUCCUGUGGUGACACAAAGUAUGUUUCCAGAAUGUUAAAAGAGAUUUUGGCCAUCUUCCCUGUAUUUGCCUUCCAGGACUUCUUCUCAACUAGGAGCACAACUGCUUAAUUUUUUUGUUUUGUUUUGUUGUGUUUGAUUGGCAGUUAACUGUAAACCACACACUCUUCUGACCUGAUGAUUUUUGUUGAGUGGUACUUUGUGAUCGAAUGACUGCAGUGGCAGGCGAGGGACUGAACCGAGAGAAACCAGCACUUUUAAAUUGAAACAGUGGAAGAGAGUCGACCCUUAUGCCAAAGUAGUUUGUUCAAACGUUUGUUGUGUGACUUGAAGAGGUUGAUCUCUGGGGAACCGGAGGUAGAACCCCCCCCCCCACCCCCCCUCUAGCCCCACCCCCCACCCUCCGGGCGACAUCCACCACCAGUGCUCUUACCGUUAGUCCUAUUUUUGAUGUUGUUGAAGCUAUUCACAAGUAAAUCACUGCUGCUCCCCUGGUUUUUCUUUGAAUCUUUUGUGCUUUUUCAAAUUCAGCAAUGAAGUGGGAGAAACGACAAGGUGCAGGUAUCACUUCUGGAUAUUGUGCUCUUAACGUUCCUUGUCUUUCAGUUGAGCUGACGUUCAUUGUUAAUAAGGCCGACUUUUUCCGGACGAACAUUGAUUACAUUUUGGACCACACCUCUUACAUCUGUUAAAAAGUUUAGAACUUUGACUUGUAGCUUUUGGUGACAUCAGCAAAACAGUGUUGCAACAGCACAGGAGCUUUAUAGUUUGAUUAUUGAAUAGCUUUAUUGCAUUAUGGGAUAAAGGGACAUCCAAUAAGUGGAAUAAAUGUAACCAUACUUGCCAGGAAGAUAUCAGGUCAACAGUGAGAGUAAGACUGAGUGUGAUUUGAAUAAAUGUGUGUGUGUGUGUGUCACACUGCUCUGCCUCCCUGCGGUUGACUGAACCUUUGCUCUGCAGGAACCUGUGCAGGGCAGUUGAGUGUGGAUGGUUCCAGAUGUGUUGUUUGAUCAGAGCUUGUUCUGUGUGGGAGUCUGGGCAGGUGUACAGCAGGUGAAUGCUGCAAAGAACUGCAGCUGUGUGAGUAUAGUGCAACUGGAUUAAAAUUACUCAAAAGUUUAUCUUUUAACUGCA